UACCAAAGGUGAUUUUUAAUUGUUAAUUAACAUGAUGCUUGAGUUGUCAUUGUUGUUCUGCCACUGGGUGAUCCCUAUAAAAACGCCAUCUUGCGCCACUUCUCAGCCAAAGUGCAUGCUUUCUCCGAGCCUUGGAUGAAAAAAAUUCUCCAGGAUUAGCAGUUCCCUCACCACAAUGCUGUCCUACCGCUGGAUCCUGCUACUCUCAGUCGUCGUAGUUGUCGCCGUUGCUGCGGAGCUCCCGCUUGCGUCAACCACCUUCAAAACCUUGACGGGUAAUGCUCCUCUUGUUAUUGCUAGAGGUGGCUUUUCAGGAUUGUUUCCUGAUUCCAGCCAAUUCGCCUUUGGUUUUGCCUUGUCUGCUACCUCGACUGACACAAGCUUGUGGUGCGAUGUGCAACUGACGAAAGACGGUGUUGGCUUUUGCCUCCGAGAUUUACUUAUGCAGAAUGGCACCACUAUCAGCCAAGUUUAUCCAGGGGGGAAGCAGACAUACAGAAUCAAUGGAGUGCCGAAAACCGGAUGGUUCCCUGUGGACUAUAACAUGUCUUUGCUGACAAAUGUUUUUUUAACACAGGCACUUUUUUCUCGUACCGACAAAUUUGAUUUCUGCAACUUCCGCAUCUUUUCUGUCACCGGCUUCAUGUCCUCGAUCGAGCCAUCAUCUCUUUGGUUGAAUGUUGAGCAUGAUGUUUUCUACACAGAGCAUGGUUUGAACAUGACAAAUUACAUUCUUUCAGUACAGAAGCUUGGCUUUGUGAAGUACAUCUCAUCACCUGAACUAGGUUUCCUGGAAACUCUAUCAGGAGGCAUUGAUCAUAAAGUGAAGCUAGUAUUCCGCUUUCUUGAUAAAGCUGUUUCCGAUCUUUCUACAAACAAAACAUAUGACUCUAUGCUGAGUGACCUGGCAUUUAUUAAGACAAUUGCUUCUGGUAUAAUGGUUCCCAAAAGCUAUAUCUGGCCAGUGACGAGUGAUAACUAUAUUCAGCUUCCCACACAGAUUGUCAAAGAUGCGCACGAUGCAGGUUUAGAAAUAUAUGCGUCUGAUUUUUCAAACGAUGGAAUUUUUCCCUAUAACUACAGUUAUGAUCCUUUGGAGGAAUAUCUGUCAUUUGUCAGCAAUGGUGGCUUCUCUGUUGAUGGUGUAUUAACGGAUCACCCACUUACUGCAUCAGAGGCUAUUGGCUGUUUCACUAAUUUGAACACAAGCAGGAAAACAGAUCAUGGGAAUAUAUUAAUUAUCUCACAUAAUGGUGCUAGUGGAGAUUACCCGGACUGUACGGAUCUUGCUUAUGAGAAGGCAGUUGGAGAUGGUGCAGAUGUCAUUGACUGUUCCAUCGAAAUGACCAAAGAUGGAAUUCCUAUAUGCAUGAGUUCCAUUAACCUGUAUGAUAGUACAGAUGUUCAGAACUCGAAGUUUAGCUCACUUGCUUCUGUCGUUCCAGAAAUUCAGACUAAACCGGGAAUAUUCACGUUUAACCUCACUUGGGAAGAAAUUAGCACUUUGAGACCGAAAAUAACCCACCCAUAUCAUGAUUUUGUAAGGAACCCAAGGUACGCAAAUCAAGGAAAGUUUUUCAAGUUAUCCGACUUUUUGACAUAUGCAAAGGACAAGGAUUUAUCCGGCAUCAUGAUCAUCAUGAAGAAUGCUGCAUUUAUGGCAAAAUCAUUAGGAUUUGAUGUCGUUGAUCUUGUAACAACUGCGUUGAGUAAUGCUGGCUAUGACAACAUGGACCCAACUACCAAGAACAACAAGGAGAUUAUGAUUCAGUCUAAAGACAGUGCUGUUCUCGUCAAACUGAAGCAGAGGUUAACACAAUGCAAGCUUGUCUACUCGCUCCCGUUAAAAGUUGGGGACGUUUCUGAUUCCUGCGUAGCAGAUAUCAAGAAGUUUGCAGAUGCUGUUAUUGUUGACAGGGAAUCUGUUUUUGCCGAGAGCAAAGGUUUUAUUAUUAGGAAAAGCAAGGUUGUGGAAGAUGUGCAGUCUGCAGGGUUAGCUGUGUAUGUGGAGGUAUUCCGCAAUGAGUAUGUAUCACCACCGGUGGAUUUCUUCGCAGAUGGAACAGUGGAGAUCAACAACUAUGUUCAGUUGGUUCAUGUUGAUGGCUUCAUAACUGACUUCCCCAAGACUGUUAGAAGAUACAAAAUGAAUACUUGUACACGCCAAGGAGAUGGUACGUCUACAUCCAUGAAGCAAGUGCCAAUUGGCGACCUGGCGCAGCUACUCGAUGCGGAGUGCAGUACUGGUGGCAUGCUGCCAGCUCUGGCACCAAUGCCGGUGCUCAACUCAUCGGACGUCAUUGAGCCACCUCUCCCUGCUGCCGAGCCCAAGAGUGCAGCAGGUAGCUCUGCCACCAAUGCUUGUGUUGUAGGAGUACUUGCUCCUCCUCCCCUCUUCAGCAGCAGCAGGGAGUACGUUCUUCUGGCCACGCUGCUGCUACUCCAGAUGCUGUAAGCUAGCGCCGCCAUUUUUUGCUGGCAUCUGUGCUCAUCUGAGCUAUCCUAGCCGAUGGACGUCAAUUAAGGCUGAAAUAUUUUCCAUUCCAUUAACGAUGGACGGUGUGACGCUACAAUAAUGUAUAACUUGGCUUUAUAAUAUUAAUGGUGCUUAAUUUUUAUCUA